AUGCUUGGAUAUUCAACGGAAACAAGUGCUUCAAUGUCACGUCAUCAAUAUUCACAUGAAACCGUACGAGAAGAUUCUACGUUACACAAUACUUAUAAUAUCGAAAAUGUCGAUGAGUAUGAUCGUCCGGAAAUAAGUCAAAAUAAUUUAAGUUAUGAUAACAAAUAUCAUGAUGAGCAAUAUUAUAAUCUAGUCCGACAAUCGGAUGAUUACUUUCAUCCCAGUACAUCCGGUGAACAAUACCAAAGCGAUGAAUAUCAUAAUUGUAAUGAAACAAGGGAACAAUGGGAAGACGAUCAAAAUAUGGAUUGGACUGAAGGACACGAACCAUUAUCAUAUAAUAGUCGUCCAAAACUUAUGCAUCCAAUAAUGUUUCCAAUGAGAAGGCGUUAUCGCAACAAUGACAGCCAUACUGAUGAUGAUGAGGAUGAUAAUGGUGAUAAUGAUGAUGAUGAUGGUGAUAAUGAAAUGGUAUGGCAUGAUUAUCCAACGUUUAUGCAGAAUAAAUCAUCGCCAGCAACCGGUCAAUAUGAUAUGCCACCAUCAGAAUCGGAACGUGAAUCAUUCAGUCAUACAGAAAUUGAUCAUUAUAUGAAGGAAUCAGAUGAACAUGAUCAUGAAACAACUUUGAGUAAAAAAUCCAUUCAAUUACCAAACGGUUCCAUUGGUCCCUUCAAUGAUACAAAAUGUGAUCUUCACAAAAAACACUAUUCCUCAAUCGAGAAACAACAAAUGAAAAGUAAUUCCGGUGAGCUGUCACGAUAUUCAUUUGAAGGUGAAAAUAAUAAUGACAUACAAUCGAAGACAAUGAGAGUGAAAUUUACGGCGGAGAUGGAUAAUAAACAAUCGCGUAAUAUCGAAGUGACCGAUGUAUCGGAAUUGUCAUUAUCACGAAAAAAUUACAGAAAUUUAUGGCAUCGAGCUUAUGAAGAUGUAUGUCAAAUGCUAGGAAUUAAGGUUAUCUUUUAG